GGGUCUAGCCCUGGCACUGGGGCAGGGGCAUUGCGGGUGAGUGGGUAAAGCUGGACAUCACUGCCCACUCUGCUACUCACGCCUUGGUCCCCUGCAGCCAGCUGUACAGACUCUGCCCCAGAGACUGGGACUUGCCUGCCUCCCUUCCUGGGGUCUCUCAUUCCCUGUGGGUAGCAGCUCUCCCUGUUGUGGGGUGGCUGGGGGAGUGGCUGGCUGUAGGGGCACUCUGAGCCUCCCCCCCCCCCCCCGGACAAUAGUGCCCAGGAGCUGUGGCCCUGCCCUGGCCAUUGGAUCAGGUGGGGCUGCAGUGCUACCCACGGGGUGGGUGAUGGGAGCCCCCUCCAGCAAACCCCAGGGGGCUGCCUGUGGCAUUCAGUACUCUGCAUUGGUGGGGCAGAGCUGGGCCUGCCCAGCACCCUCCUUCCCCUGCCCCACAGACUGUGUCUGUCCCCAGGCUCAGCUCAGUGGGUCAGGGCUCUGCUCUGGCACGGCUGGGACGGUCCCACAUCGUCGUCGUCCCCCCGCCCCCGCCCGCGCCCCACAAGCUGCUGGAGCAGCCCCAGCAGCACACAGGGCUAGCCCAGGGGUGUAUCCACAGAGCCCAGCCUGCCCCUAGCACACAGAGCCAAGAGGGCAGGGGGGGCGUUCCCAGUGUGGGAGCCCCAGCAGGAUAUGGGGGAAGGGCACUAGGUUGGCCGGAGCAAAGGCCCCGCUCUCCGCUCGGGGUGGCUGUGUGGGGAACAGCCCCCGUGACAGGAGGGAGCAGAUGCCAACAAAUGUGCCAGUCCCAUGUGGCUGAACACUGGGAGAUGUGCUGGGGCAUCCCCGGGGCAGGGCUGGGAGCGCAUGGCUUGGGCAAUCCACCAGCGAGCCCCUUCCCUGCCCACGCACCUCUGCAACCAGGGCUUCACCGCCCCUUCCCCUGCCUUCCAGGUGACGGCUGCUUACAACCUCCAGCCCCUGCUCCUGCCCGGCCCCGUGCUGUGCUCCCCCUGCUUCGGCCAGGGCCUGCCCGCAGAGCUGUCCCGAGCCAAGGCGGCCACCUCCCGGGAGAGCACCAGCGCCCUGAAGGCCUGGCUGGGCCAGCACUUGAGGCACCCCUACCCCAGCAAGGGCGAGAAGCUCAUGCUGGCCAUCAGCAGCAAGAUGAGCCUCACCCAGGUCUCCACCUGGUUCGCCAACGCCCGGCGGCGCCUCAAGAAGGAGAAGCAGCUGAGUUGGGCCCCCUGCAGCAAGUCGGACAGAGACGCCGGCGAGGGCGAGACUCGGGGCGAGCAACAGCCCGGGGGGCAGGGCGAGGGGCCGGGGGGCAGCCCGGGCACAGGGGGCAGCCCCAAGGAGGGCAGCCCAGGCCCCUGCCUGGAGUCAGAGCACCAGCGGCCAAGCCCGCAGCCCAACGCUGCUGAGCUGACACAGGGGACGCCGCCCCAGCAGCCCAAGAUCUGGUGUCUGGCUGAGAUUGCGACGUGCCCCCAGCAGGAGCAGAGCUGCCGCCUGCAGCUGGAGAUGGCACCGCCCUGCUGGGGUGUCCUACCCCCACAGCUCAGCCUGGCCCUUCCCUGGUGCCCCGAGAGCCACCGGACGCUCCCACAGUGACAGCGUGGCACGGGCGGCAGCCGGCCUGGGACUCACGGCCGGGGGAGGGGGCUCUGCCCACGGGGAGCCGGGCUGUAGACAGGCCCUCCCAGGUGUUCAGCGGUGCUAGAGCCCUGUAGAUUUGGGGGAGGCUCUAGGGUAAAGAGUGAGUCUGUGGGGCAAAGAGGGCUUGGGGGGAUGGUUCCUUGAGUGGCUCCCAGA